AUGGAUGUGGAUGUAGAUUCAACUGCAAAACACGCCAUACUGUGCCUGCAAAAUUGUGUACAAAAAACCACCCCCAUAAGGAUUCAUUGCUGCAAAUAUCGCCUGCAGAGAACAACAACACCAAAAGGAGCUCCAAAGUCACCCCAAUGUCAGAGGACAAAAGCCCAAGGGAAGUCGACACAGAAACUGAGGUUUAUCUGUCGCCGAGGACUUCCGAAGACGAUCUACUGCGACAACGGGACGAACUUUGUCGGAGCUCAGACGAUCUUGAGGGAAAUUCAAGAGGAGAUAGAGCGAGGAGCAAAAGCUGUUCGACGGUACGCAGCAGAGGAAGGCUUCAACUUCGCCUUGAUACCGCCCAGGGCACCGCAUUUCGGAGGUCUAUGGGAAGCGGCGGUGAAAGCGGCGAAAACGCUGUUACAGCGUACCGUGGGCAACGCACUUCUCACAACAGAAGAGCUGCUCACCGUAGUCAUCGAGGUCGAGGGAAUCCUCAAUUCAAGGCCAAUCGCACCGCUAAGCGCAGACCCCAACGACGGAGAAGCCCUCACCCCAGCGCAUCUACUAAUCGGCAGCAGCUUACGAUCGCUGCCCCCAGAACCAGUUCCGGAACGGCAAACGGGCUGCUUGAAAAGAUGGCAGCUUCUAUGCUGGCUCAAGCAGCAGUUCUGGCUGAAGUGGUCCAAGGAGUAUCUGCUUGGCCUACAAGCGCGAUCCAAGUGGGUACAGGAGCAGCCCAAUCUCGUCGUCGGCAAACUAGUUCUUAUCCACGAGGACAACUCGCCUCCUCAGCGGUGGAAAACAGGACGAGUUAUAGGGGUCGUCGAAGGGCAGGACGGCAAGGUCAGGGUCGCCGACGUCAAAACAUCAAGUGGUGUACUCAGACGCCCAAUCGUCAAACUGGCCCCACUUCCCGAUGAAGAAUAUUGAAGCCUGCAGCCUUCCAACGUGGCCGGUGUUUCGUUAGUACAAAAAUUUAUAAAAUGAAUUUUAAAUCAUAAAUAUUGAAUUUAACUUAAAAGUAAAAUACAUUUAUAUCAGUUAAAAAAAUUACACUAUUGUGAACUGAAUUGCUUGAAUUGUAAACUGUAUUGGUAUAAAUUUCAAACUUCCCGCCCAUCCGGCCAUAUUUUAUUUAAAAUUUAUAAUUAAGAAGAAAAAGGAAAAGAAAAUGAAAUGAAAUAAAACCAUUCCACACGAUAGUUCCGCACAGUUAA